AUGCCUUUCGGAUCGGUUACUCAAAUUGAGAAAGAGGUCGUUUUGAGAUCGGUGCAGCGGCGUGGCCCCAUCUGCGUGAUCGUGACCCAACAGCACGGGAGAACAGCAGACAGAAAUCCUGUAUAUGGUGAUGCUCCUUCUGAGCAAUAUGCUACAGAUCGCUAUGUCUUACCAGCGAUGACUACAGCAGCUGGAUCCUCAUCUUCCCCAUCUGGAGGUCUUGCUUGUGCCAUAGCUGCCUUGGCAGAGCGUCAGCAAAUAGUUGGAGAAUCUUCUGUUAACCCUAACAGAAAUAUGUCAGCAAGCAACAUGCUUCCACAAGCUAGCAGGCUUUACAACAGGGACCAUGAAGAUAUAGAAAAUUACCCAACUGCAGCGAGCUCCAGUGAGGCAUCAACUGAUGGUAGGAUGACAUUGACAAGGGAUGAUGGAGAAUGUUAUGGGGACCGUGGAUCAGACGUGGCUGAAGCAGGAACCAGCUAUGCAAGCUCUGAUGCCACAGAAGAUGCUUCUGCAAUGCCACAAGCAGAUGAAAUGGUGGGCAACCUUCAAAAUGCCACAGAGACCAUUAUUCCUGAUAGUUAUGAGGAACAGAUCAUGCUGGCCUUGGCAGUUUCUUUGGAUGAAGCUCGGAGAUAUGGCUAG